GUCCUUGUCCUUUCAUUUAGGUGGACGGUUUUCACUUUGAAGUGCCAAUUUCCACAUAGAUUGCUAUGACAUCUCCCCAUCAUGACUCAUCCUGGUGCGGUUCAGCACCGUGGACAGAGGCAGCCUGCAGCUCCACACCUCUAAACCUCUACACCCGCCCAACACUAAACUACACCAUUCAACCAUUCCCCCCCUGGGUCUAAUUGAGAAAAUCUGUGCUGGAAGUGGAAGGGAAAGGAGGGAAAGAAGGGGGGUUUGGUCUAUUGAUGGCCAAUAUUUACAAGAAAUGAGAGCAAGAGUGAACCGCAGUGGGAGGGGCGACAGAGAUGCCGCAUUUUUCUGAAUGAAAUUACUCCCUGUUACACCCCCCCUCUCCAGCAUCCUCUAACGCAGGCACCUGAUUGGUCGAGGCUCUCAGUCACGACGUCAGAGACAGACUCUCUCUUGGGCAUGAGUCCGCGCGCAAGAGCAUCCCUCCUCAUAGUCGCUUCAGGAGAGAUUGACGAAAAAGAGAUGCGAGAGACGACGAGGGAGAGUUUUGCAGCAACUUUGAUGAAGACAGGGUGACACACGAGGACUGUCCUCUUUAUAUAAGACUGGCACCUGCAGACAGCAUCACAACCAUCUCCAUCAUUUGGAUCCUAUAUAAGAGGAGAGGACACAUCUGCUUUACAUCUGCAUCCAACUCUAGCAGAGGAAUUUACGCGUUAAUCGCGUUGAAAAGGUUGUUUGUGUGACUGCUGAAAAGCCAUGACCCUGAACGCCUCGGACCCGGGCUGGGAUGACUUCUCAGGUUCAGACCCCCUCUUCCCUCUGGACCCAAUGGAUAGCUCGUCUGCAUAUGAAGUCCCGCCCCUCACAGUAUGGGGCGUGGCCCUGUGUAUUUCAGGAACUCUCAUCGCCACUGAAAAUGCAAUAGUUGUCACCACCAUCUUGGCCACGCCGUCUCUUCGCGCCCCUGUUUUCCUGCUGCUGGCUAGCCUCGGAUUGGCCGAUCUCCUGGCGGGCGUCGCUUUGAUCUUGCACUUCCUCUUCCUGUUUUGCGUGGAGCCCAGUGAUUGGUCAGAAUUGCUGACCUCGGGACUGCUGGUGACAUCACUGACUGCCUCGCUCUGUAGCCUGAUGGGUGUCGCUCUGGACCGAUACCUGUCUUUAAGCCACGCCCUCACCUAUGGUUCGAGCGAAUCACGCCACAGAGCCGCCAUCCUCCUGCUGCUGGUCUGGUUGGGUGCAUGCAUCAUUGGGGCUGGACCUGCAAUGGGAUGGCACUGUCUGAGAGAGCCAAGCUCCUGUUCUGUAGCGCGACCUCUGACCCGGACAUACCUAUCGCUGCUGUGUGGUGGCUUCCUCGUAGUUGUCAUGGUAACCCUGCAAUUGUACGCUGGGAUCUGCCGCGUGGCGAGGCGGCAUGCCCACGCCAUCGCUACCCAGAGACACUUCCUCCCUGCCAGUCAAUCAUAUGCAAGCAAACACGGCAGUGGACGGGGCUUCUCUCGGCUGAUCCUGGUCCUCAGUGUGUUUGUGGGUUGCUGGAUGCCUUUCUCCCUCUGGGGGCUGCUGGGAGACGCGUCCAGCCCUCCUCUUUACACCUAUGCCACAUUGGUGCCGGCGGCGGGCAGCUCGCUGCUGAACCCGAUACUCUACAGUCUGAGAAACAAAGACAUUCGCAAGGUGCUGCUCCAGGCCUGCUGCCCGCACAGAUACACACAAAACACACACAUCCACUACCCUGUGGACGUGUAGAGUGCCAAACCUCGCCAGACUCAAACCACCACACAAUCUAUGCCAGACAUAUCACCGUUUGUGUGCCAAGAUACACACAAGGCUGCAUUUACUAUCAUCCAGAUCCAGAACAUUAAGUCUCACACACACACACACACACUCCCACACACGCAACAAACACUUCUACGAGCAAAUCAGAAUGUUCUGGACUGUCCUGGCUGGUGGCCAUUUUUGGACUAAACGUACUGUGUUGUGUACUUUGUGCCUCAUCCUCAGUCAAUUGUAGCUCCACUGGAUCCCCAGACUGAAACAAUCACAGGGUCGCUAAAUAUACCCCCACUCAUAGACAGUGGAUUUAAUCACCAUUGGCACUUUAAGACAAAGGGAAGGGAUGGGUUUUAAAUGUAAGCCUAUCACAAUGUGAUGAUGUGAUCCAAAGCCCAAUUUUAUUUACUUGAAUGUCUAGAAAACACGAUGUUCUAGAUCUUUCAGGUUCUAUUUUGCACAUGCUGUUAAAAGCACUUUCAAAAGUACUGACCAUAUGUUCGUGUUGCACAGCCUUUUUGAAAUGAAUGAAUAUUUUAUACGGAUGAAUAAUAAAUAUGCUUUUUU